UUAUAGAAAUUUGCCAGCUUCCAAUCCUCAUGGAACACCGAGUUUGUCUCUAGGUCCAUCACAACCUUGGCUUGAAGACAGACCAGGUUCAAUGAUAUGUUCGUUAUCUAGUGAAGAUCAGGGAAACCCAGAGGCUACCUUUCACUGGAUUAGAAAUAGCAAUACUAUAGAACACACAGGAUUCAACUACACGUUCACACCAUCAAAGGAAGACAACGGAGACGAGUACAAGUGUACAGCUGGGAAUCUCUUGACAGACAGAGACGGACAAUCGAGACCUAAGUCUAACGCAGUGCAGCUCAAUGUGUACUAUUCUCCACGGGUGGUGAUAUCCUCAAGGAAACACACGAGAGUAGAGCUGGGGAAACUGCUCAUAUUACGCUGUUCCGCUGACAGUAACCCAGCCACCCCUACGUUUGAGUGGACUCGCGGCACGACACAUGUAGCUGAUGGUCCUGUGUUACUGAUUGCUGCGUUCCGAGACUCUGACCAAGGAGAGUACACGUGUUCGGCGAAAACUGUGUCUCCUAGAUAUGGUUCUCUGACAGGCGCAGCAAGUGUUAUUGUCACUGUUCUGGAAGCAGCACCUGACUCGUGUUACUGCACAGAUCAGUCGGAGACCAGCGUGGAUUUGGAGUGGAAUUACGACAGAACCGACAAAUCGAACAGGUUCUCUGUUGAACAGCGUCUCUCAAAGAACUCACGCUGGGAUCUUGUGUCCAUGUUACCUACUCAGAGAGAAAACAAUACCUUUAUUGUACAUGUCGAUCACUUACAAUCCAAUUCUUCGUAUUAUUUUAAAAUAUUCUCUUCAUCUACCAAAGACGACAGCAGUUUCUGUUUGACAACAUGCAGAACACUGCCCUUUUCCAAAACCCACGAGCCUGUUCUAGAAUCGUCUACGUCUGGACUGGGAGUGGGAGUCGCUGUUGGUCUUGUAGUAGGAUUGGUUGUCACCAGUGUCGCUGCCGUGCUCAUCAAUAUCAUCUUGCUGAGAAAAGGUGUCCUAGUUAGAUCAGAAUGUAAACGCCAGAAGGAAACGAGCGUUUAUCAAGACAUCACAAUGGACACAGUUCAACAGACUUCUGGUUCAGACACUACAAGGGUGCCAAAUGAAUCGACCAACGCAUACGAAAGUUUACAAUCCCAUGAUGCAACGCCUUAUGGAAAACUGAAUGCAUACGGGAAUCUGCCUCCGUCAGGAGAAAUGUUCGAGACCACGAUCCAGUAAAGGACGUAUGUACAUUUACAACACAAAUAAGAGUGCAGGGGUUACUUAGAAACAACAGCAUCUGAUGGCCGAGAGACGUCACCAUUGGAGGAUUCUGUAAAGUAUGGUGUGACCUGAACACAACGGGAACGCUUGUGGUAGUGAAGUUGAUCAAUGACAAACGUGUUUGUGUUGGAUCUGGUCAGGACUAUGCACCUACAUAACCAUUCCUGACUUAUUCCUUCUUCUCCUAUUAAUACGUCAUAUGUUAACUCGUCAUAUGUUGAUAAGGAACAUGAACCUGCAUUAUAAUGUUAUUUAUUUUGUUUACUUGAAAGUAUUAUUUUUAUUUAUAUAUAUUGCAGGUUUUGAUCCAUUGUCACAGGAUAUAAAAUAUAUCUCAAAUUCUAGAAACACUUUUCUUGAGGA